AAUCCUUUUCCAGUUCAGUCCACACUAGAGCCUCUCUGGAUGCAUUCCUUUCUUGUGAAGCUGCUAGCCCCAAUACAGCCAUCAUUUUUCCGAUUCGCAAAGAUUCAUUCCGAAAAACACGCUGAUUCUUCGCCAGAGCUCCAGAAAGAUGGCAAAAAAACUGCUGGCGUUUCUACUUCUAGUCGCGGCCUUCCAGUUGUCUCUUCAGGAUCAGAAGCUUAGGGAUGGAAGUCAGGAAUUUAGCUACUUCUGGACCAAGCUUCAGAAGACUAACAGGCAUUGGAAUUUUCUGGCUUACUUGCGUCUUGCAGGAAUAAGCUCCUUGUCGAAACUGCUUUCGACUACCGAGUCUGGAAUCACGAUCCUCGCUCCAGUUGAUGCAGGUUUCGCUCAACUGAGCGACUUCAAUGCGACGAGGCUGCGGAAGGAUCCCGCGUUUUUGGCAAAGACACUGCAGCUGCACAUCCUUACUCCUAAGGCCACUGCUGCCAAGCUUCACCAGGAUGUCUUGGGUACGGAAUACCAGACGCUUGCUGGUGUUACUCUGGAGAAGCGCAACUCUACCGUUCCUGGGAAGGUUCAGCUUGCUGCAAAGGGCUCUUCAACUUUCACAACGAUCCUGACAUUCUCUUUGUCAGCAAGGAGCGCUGCCAAUGUUCAUUCCGUGAGCCAUGUGAUGCUGCCAUACCAGAGCACACUGUAACAUGCUCAAGCGGUGGGAGGCACACAAGUGUAAUGGAUUGGGGGGAGGGUUUGGGCAUGUAAUAAAUUGUUGUGUGGGUGUGGGUGUGGGUGGAUGACCUUGUAGUACCGUAAGACCAUUUUGGGAACCCUUUCCUGUAUGACAGACAGGCAGGUACUGGUAUCAGAGGUAUAGGGCCCAUGCAGAUCUGGAGAAUUCAAACAGGAUCAGUCGAGACAUAAGUGUUCUCAAAAGCUGUCACAAAGAACAGAGCAGAGCAGUCUCAAGAACGU